AUGGGGGAAUGGACUAUUCUAGAGAGGCUACUGGAAGCUGCCGUGCAGCAGCAUUCUACUAUGAUAGGGAGGAUCCUGCUGACCGUGGUGGUGAUCUUCAGGAUACUCAUUGUGGCCAUUGUAGGGGAGACGGUGUACGAUGACGAGCAAACUAUGUUUGUCUGUAACACGCUGCAGCCAGGCUGCAACCAGGCUUGUUACGACCAGGCUUUCCCUAUUUCUCAUAUAAGGUACUGGGUGUUCCAGAUCAUCAUGGUGUGCACUCCCAGCCUUUGCUUCAUAACGUACUCCGUUCACCAGUCUGCUAAGCAGAGGGAACGGAGGUACUCCACCGUCUUCCUCACCUUGGAGAGGGACCAGGAUUCAAUGAAGCGUGAGGACAGUAAGAAAAUCAAGAAUACGAUUGUCAAUGGGGUGCUGCAGAACACUGAGAACUCCACCAAAGAGGCAGAACCAGACUGCUUAGAAGUGAAGGAAAUCCCCAAUCCUGCUAUCAGAACUACAAAGUCAAAGAUGAGGAGGCAAGAAGGCAUUUCUCGAUUUUAUAUCAUCCAAGUGGUCUUUCGAAAUGCCCUAGAGAUUGGAUUCUUAGUGGGACAGUAUUUUCUGUAUGGAUUCAAUGUCCCUUCCAUGUAUGAAUGUGACAGAUACCCUUGCAUUAAAGAAGUAGAGUGCUAUGUCUCUAGACCCACUGAGAAGACUGUAUUCUUGGUAUUCAUGUUUGCUGUCAGUGGGAUCUGUGUGGUGCUAAAUUUGGCGGAACUGAACCACUUGGGCUGGAGAAAGAUCAAAAUGGCAGUGAGAGGAGUACAGGCAAAAAGGAAAUCCAUAUACGAAAUCAGAAAUAAGGACCUGCCAAGAAUGAGCAUGCCUAACUUUGGCAGGACUCAGUCAAGUGACUCAGCUUAUGUGUGA